AUGCCUAGUACUCUGCAAGUAGACGUCUAUGUCUCACCAGCAAUCCCUGCGGUGACAGGCUCUCCAGACCCAGCCAAGCAAUGGUGGUCGCCCAUAUCCAGCACUCUCAUCCAAGGGCCAACAUCGGCUGUCCUCGUUGACACACCCAUCAGUAUCGCACAGACCGAAGACCUAGCCGCUUGGAUCAAGAAGACUGCCCCAGGAAAGAAGCUCAAGUACAUCUAUACCACCCAUGCGCAUGGAGAUCACUACCUAGGGAACCCAAUCAUCCUGAAGCACUUCCCCGACGCUACCUGCAUCGCCACUGCCCGUGUCGCUGAAGAUAUCAAGAACACGAUUACUUCUUCAACUCCGCUAUGGACCACAUGGUUUCCCAACAAUCAGAUCCUCACAGAGGGUCAGGUCGUCCCUGAAUCUCUCCCGAAGAAUGGGGAGUUCUCCAUCGACGGACGAAAACUGUUGGGCAUCGAUGUCACCUACUCUGAUACCCACGCCUCGUCCUUCUUGCACGUCCCGGAUCUCGACCUCGUCGUCGCAGGCGAUAUCGUCUACGGCGACUGCUAUCAAUACUUGGCCGAGGCUACAACUGCAGAGAAGCGGAAGGAUUGGCUGGCGGCCCUCGAUCAGGUUGUCGCGUUGAAGCCUUCUAUCGUUGUCCCCGGCCACAAGCGGGCAUCGCAGGUGGAUGGGCCGUAUUUGAUCGACGCAACGAGGGACUAUAUUUUGACCUUCCAGAAGGAAUUGUACCGAUUAAGAGAUGCGGAUAAGCUAGAGCAGGUAAUCGCGAAGCGCUAUCCGCGGAGAUGGAAUAUGUAUCUCUUGGAGCUCAGCUGUAAGAGCUCUGUUGCUGCUUUAUGA